AUGGCCGCCAAGUCGAGGUUCACGAGGCUCGACGCCUUUACCAAGACGGUUGACGAGGCUCGAAUCCGAACAACAAGCGGCGGUGUAGUCACUAUUGUCUCCCUUCUCGUCGUUCUCUUCCUUGUUUGGGGGGAAUGGGCCGACUACAGAACCAUUGCCAUUCGCCCUGAGCUCGUCGUCGACCAGGGACGAGGCGAGCGCAUGGACAUUCACCUCAACAUUACAUUUCCCCGCAUGCCCUGCGAGCUCCUGACCCUCGAUGUUAUGGAUGUGUCCGGCGAGCAGCAGCACGGCGUCGCCCACGGGGUGCACAAGGUCCGUCUCCGUCCUGAAGCCGAAGGCGGCGGCGUCAUUGAUGUUAGCUCGCUGGACCUGCACAAUGAUGCUGCGGAACACCUCGACCCCAGCUACUGCGGCGACUGCGGCGGCGCGCCCGCCCCGAGCAACGUCAAGAAGGCCGGCUGUUGCAACACGUGCGAGGAGAUACGUGAGGCGUACGCCCAGGUGUCGUGGGCGUUUGGCGACGGCAAGGCGUUUGAGCAGUGCGAGCGCGAGCACUAUGCCGAGCGUCUGGAGGAGCAGCGCCACGAAGGCUGCCGCAUUGACGGCCUCUUGCAGGUGAACAAGGUUGUGGGCAACUUUCACUUGGCUCCCGGCCGCAGCUUCAGCAACGGCAACAUGCACGUCCACGACCUCAAAAACUACUGGGAGACAACGGACGACAAGAAGCACGACUUUACGCACUACAUUCACCACUUGCGCUUCGGUCCGCAGCUGCCCGAGGCAGUUGUCAAGAAGAUGGGCAAGGGUGCCACGCCGUGGACAAACCACCACGCCAACCCGCUGGAUAACACGAAGCAGCUUACCGACGACCCCAACUACAAUUUCAUGUACUUUGUCAAGAUUGUGCCCACGUCUUUUCUUCCUCUGGGCUGGGAGAAGAUGUCACGCGCGAUGAACACUGACGGUAGCGUCGAGACACACCAGUACUCUGUGACGAGCCACAAGAGAAGUCUCACCGGGGGCGACGACGCUGCUGAGGGCCACGCUGAGCGUCUUCACUCUAGAGGUGGCAUUCCAGGUGUCUUCUUUUCAUAUGACAUUUCACCUAUGAAGGUCAUCAAUCGCGAGGAGCAGGGCAAGAGCUUCCUUGGCUUCAUCGCCGGUCUCUGUGCUGUCGUUGGCGGUACUUUGACAGUUGCGGCCGCCGUCGACCGUGGCCUGUUCGAGGGCACGACGAGGCUGAAGAAGAUCCGAUCCAAGAACCUUUGA